UUACGACCGCUGCCCAGCUACGUUUGUGACUCGACGAAGGAUCACGGUUUCCCUUCGAUUCGACAUCAUGUGCGACAAAACUUAUCCGAUGGCACGUUAACUGGGAUUCUCAACUAG